UUUAGGAUUUUUUUUGAAGAUUUUUACUCAUUUUUUGAAAAAUAUUUACAAGAAUUUUCAUGCCAAAUUUGGGGGAUUUUUUUAAAAUAAAACUUUUAAGAAAUUAUUGGAAUUUUCUUCCUGAAGGUUUUGCAAAUUUUCAGAAAUUUGGGAAACUUUUUGCUGAAUUUUUGGAUUUAUUUCAGACAAGGAAACAAUAUUUUUUGGUGCCUGUAAAUGAGGACAACAGGAGGGUUAAUGAUCUCUGGAGGAAGAGUUGCAGUUUUGUUGUUUUACAACCCUGCUGCACUUUAAACCGAACACUGGGUGGCAGCAGAGAGUUGUUUUGCUCAACUUUCCUCCGUGCGUAACUGAGUGUUCCAAAUUACGCACGCCCUGUCAGCUGCAGCCGGUGCUCUCCUGGCUGCGACACAAUCUAUAUUUAAAUGAACAUGUUAAUUAUUGAAUAUCUCUGAACAGAUUAAUUCGGUGUUUGGUUUUUUUGACUAAGAGAGACGGGGGAGACUCAGAGGAGGCUCAUUACGCACAAGACUGAUGGACGCAUCAGAUUUAAUGUUCUCCCAUAAACGCUCCAACCCCUCCCUGUGGAUGAGGGAUCGAGGGUGAAGCUUUCCUUUCCACACUGUCAGGAGUUGAAGCGGUGAUGCUGCGCGACAAUAGGUCUUGGAGAAGAGAGGAGGGGAGAUGAGAGGGCAGGAGGGCGGGUGGAAAAGCGCAGAAGAGCUGGGAUGGCGCUCCAAGACCCAGCUGUGUUUGGACGUUAAUCCAGCUUUAAUAUAUUUUGGUUUCUAGAUCAUCUCGAAGUGUCUGUGAGCUGCUGACAUCAUGAAUGAAGAAAAUGAGAGCGUUUCUUUGAACAGGUCUCUGUCGGAGAUGGACCUCUUCAGCAACCUGGAGGACAUCGACGUGACAGCUGAUGGAAGCCCGAUCCUCAGGUUCCUCAUCUGCCUCGUCUACUCUGUGGUUUGUGCUGCGGGUCUGGUUGGCAACCUGCUGGUCCUCUUCUUCAUCAGGGUCAAAAGGGAGAGAAGAAAAUCCAGAGUGAACUUCUUCGUGCUCAACCUGGCGGUGACGGACCUGCAGUUCGUCCUCACGCUGCCCUUCUGGGCCGUGGACACCGCGCUGGACUUCAGCUGGCCGUUUGGAGACGCCAUGUGCAAAAUCAUCCUGUCGGUCACCGUCAUGAACAUGUACGCCAGCGUGUUUUUUCUCACUGCAAUGAGUGUGACCCGCUACUGGUCCGUCGCCUCCUCUCUGAAGAACAGAACUGUGCGCAAGUCAUGUUCCGCCAAAUGGAUGUGCGCAAUAAUUUGGACACUGGCGACUCUGGCGACGACGCCGACGUCGAUUUUCUCAACUGUCAGCAACGUAACAGGAGAAAAACUGUGUCUGCUGAGGUUUCCAGGUGGACAGUACUGGCUGGCUGUUUAUCACAUACAGAAAAUAAUCGUGGGUUUUGUUUUGCCAAUGUCCAUCGUGUCCAUCAGCUACAUGAUGCUUUUGCGCAUCAUCCGCAAUCGCAGUAUGAAAACAAGCAACCCCAAACGGAGAUCCCAGGUCACUAAAUCUAUCACCAUCGUCGUGUUGUCCUUCUUCAUGUGCUGGAUGCCAAACCACGCCAUCACCCUGUGGAGUGUACUGGUCAAACUGAACGCUGCAAACUGGGACCAGGCGUACUACAUAGUGCACACAUACGUGUUCCCGCUGACCGUGUGUCUGGCGCACACCAACAGCUGCCUGAACCCCAUCAUCUACUGCCUCAUGAGGAAGGAGUUCAGGAACAAACUCACAAGUCUGGUCCACAGAGGAUGAUGUUCUGGAGCUUAGUGAAGGAGGUGACAAACAGUAACUAAAACAGAACACAAGCUGAGAGAGGAAAGGCUCCAGAAAGAUGAUGAAAAGACUCUGCUCCUGAAAAAUGUUUCUUUUCCAUCUUUCAUCAGCGCUUGUCUUUAAACUGGAAAAAAUGCUCCUCUCAAAACAAGAAAAAAACGUAUUUCAAGGAACUUUUACCUUGAAAUAAGUGAAAAAAUCUGCCAAUAGAACAAGUGAAAAGGGGCUUGGUAAGAUUUCUUGAAA